AUGGGGAAGGUGAUGCUUUAUCCAGAUAUGAUAUCAACCAAGCUCGCCACAGCUGAAAUGGAGACCCCCAAACUGUUGCAGCUGCUGUGCACUACGCUACAGAUUGGAAUGCUCAAGGUGCUACGUGAUCAGAAUGUCGAGACGUGCUCAGUGGUUGGCCAUUCAAAAGGAGAGAUCGCAGCAGCAUAUGCUGCGGGGGCUAUAAUUGCAGAAUAUUUUAUCAAAAUUGCCCACUUCCGCGGCCAGGUAUCGCAGUCCCUGUAG